UCUCUUCCUUUUGUCCUUCUCAACUACACAUCUACACAGCCAUGUCGAAGAUCGCAUCUACUUUCUCGCGCCUCGUGCGCUUCACGCCCAAAUCCAACCCCGCCAAAACCCUUAUCGGCGAGCCGACAGAUCCCCAGAUCGACGUGGGACUAGCCCUCUACCAGGGUAAAGACGUCUCCGUACGUCCUUUCUCCGGCAACUCGGUGCUCAGCCCGGGUCAAAAGACAGAGACCACCGAGAACAUCGGCCGGUUGCUGUCUCCCCUGGCGCAGAGCGAAGUCGGGUCCAUCCGAUGCAUUGGUCUUAACUAUGCAUCGCACGCUGCCGAGAUGAAACUGGCUAUUCCUGAUGUGCCUACGCUGUUCAUGAAGCCUUCUACCUCGUUGGCGGACCCGUGGCCGGCUCCGACUGUCUUGCCGAAGCUUACGCAGGUGGACAAUACGGGUGAUUAUGAGUCGGAGAUGGCUGUUGUUAUUGGUCGCGACGCUAAGGAUGUCAGUGAGGCUGACGCCUUGGACUAUGUAAUUGGGUACACGGCGGCAAAUGAUGUCUCCAGUCGGACGUCGCAGAUGAACCAGAGUCAGUGGUGCUUUUCAAAGGGGUUUGACGGUGCUUGUCCCAUUGGCCCCGUCCUCGUCUCCGCCGCCUACUUCCCCGACGCCAGCAAAUUCCACAUCCGCGGCCUCAAAAACGGCCAGAUCAUGCAAGACUGCCCCCUAACCGACCUCAUCUUCAGCGUCCCCAAACUCAUUAGUUUUCUCUCGCAGGGCACCACUCUGCCCGCGGGGACUAUCAUCCUGACGGGUACGCCGCCGGGCGUGGGCGCCGCGAAGAACCCCAAGGGUUUCUUGAAGGCAGGUGACGACUUUGCUAUUGAGUUGCUGCCGCAUGUGGGGACGCUCAUCACGAAAAUGGAGAAUCAGGUAUAGAUCCGUUUAUCUCUUUGUGACAGAAGGUACCCUGUCACUGCUAUGACUAGGCUUAGGUGGGGAAGGAACAGAAGUCUAGUAGCAAAUGUUUUGCAUAUAAACCAAU